AACCCCAGAGAUCUCUUUAAAUGGAUCUUGGCGGCGUUACGUGUCCCGCAAUUAUUCAGCAGCACCCCUGCUUCGCACCCACUUUCCCACACUCCGCCGUGAUGAGCAAUCAUCUGUCUGACUCUGACAUGCGCCGCCGAUGGCCCGUCCUUCAAAAACAAGCCCGUCGACGGCCCGUCAUUGUGGCCAUCAACAUUCACUCUCUUUCACCUAGAAACCAACACUGGCGGCCUUGCUCUCACCAACCCCAGUCCGAAACAUGUCUCGUCAACGCUCGCCGCAUGCUGGCGCUUCGACGGUGCAACCGGACGAGGUCAAGAGCGCCCACUACAACUCGCCCGCGCACGCUGCGAAGCCGCCGCAAACGCCCAUCGAGCGCCUUACAGAGAACCUCAUGCAAGAUGAUUCCAAUGAGAAUCUAGAGGCGGACUCGGGAACCAUUCUUUACCUCGCAUAUGGAUCGAAUCUGUGCGAAGAAACCUUUCGAGGCAAGCGAGGCAUCCGCCCACUCUCCGAAGUCAACGUUUCGGCGCCGACCCUUCGCUUGACCAUGAGCUUGCCCGGCGUACCGUACGCGGAGCCAUGCUUCGGCAACGUUGCGUUCAGGAAGCUCCCCGAGAAGCCCAAGCUGCCAGACCAUCCGAAACUCCCAUUCGACCCUCCCGCUUACUCGAAAGGACAAUGGGAUGGAGGGCUCAUGGGUGUCGUGUACGAAGUGACAAAGGCGGACUACCGCAAAAUCAUGGCCACGGAAGGCGGAGGUUCGGGAUAUCAAGAGAUCUUCGUGCCUUGCGUCCCUCUGCCGCCUUCCGCUUCCAUACCGGAGAAACCACCGCUGCCCGAACUGCCGCGACCGUUCCUUGCGAGGACCCUAUACGCGCCUUACCUACCACCCGAUGACCCGAGCCGGUCAAAUUGGUGGAAGAGACUGUUCUCGGGGACACGCCGCGAUGACCCGGACUAUGCGCAGCCAAGCGCUCGCUACAAGAAGCUGAUCACUGAUGGCGCAGAGGAGCAUAACCUCCCCGCUGCGUAUCAGGAAUGGCUACACUCGUUGCAGCCGUACAUGGUCACGUCGACGAGACAAAAGAUCGGCAAGCUCGUCCUGAUGGCGACGAUUGGACCCAUCUUCGUGACCUUUAUGACCUUGGCCAAGUACACAGCCGACGAGAACGGCCGGUACCCGUGGAUUGUUGGGCAGACCAUGACUCUGCUUUUCAGUUCCACCUGGAUUUUGUACGAUUGCAUUUUGAAGCCGUUGUUUGGUGAUGGCGAGCAUACGCAGGACAAGGAGGACGAGGGCCAACCGGCAAUGAGGAAGCGACGAUUGUCUAUAGGCAAGCCUCAGCCAGAUGAAGAGAAGACGAGUCUUCUGGAUGGCGAGGUCAGCUAAGACCUCGGCAUUCAGGGUGGGCAGCGCUAGACCUAUACGUAGACCUCGUACCUAUGAACACCAAUUGACCAGUCCAGCUUCACUUGUGACAAAUGACUUGGCCACAGGGACCUGGAUAAAUGUAGUGCGGAGACCCGAGGGGUUCACCAAGACAAUCAGCCCGCUGCAGGGCAGAUCAGGGGUGGGAUUGUCGCAUUGCAGUCAGGGGUGGGAUUGUCGCAUUGCAGUCAUGUUAGCGGUCAUCCGUCUUGCAUGUGACAAGGAUUUCUGUUCCUGGCUCAAAGCGUCCUUCGAAAAGAACGUGAAUCGCAUGUGAAGGUGGGAUUUCCCGCGGGCCACCCUUCGGGGGACUCCGCUGGCAAAGGGACCCCCUGGCUAGCGGGCGUGUGCUACCGUAUAUGGCAAGCGGUGAGGAAAGCUGUUGAGGACUGGACCGUUUUCUGCCAUUUGGUCUAG